UCUCUGCGCCUAGCCCUUUUUUCUAAUUUACGCACCAAGCGCCUCUGUUCUUCAAUCAAAAAUGUUUCGUAUUUAAAAAAAAUUCUAACUUUUUUAUUUUUAUUUUUAAUUUUUCUUUUUGUUUUUUUGUUUAUUUUGGAUUGGAUUCUAUAAAAUCAGAAUCAGUCACUGUAUCCAAAAAAAAAAAAAAAAAAAGGGGUUAGGAGGUGGGGAUUAUAUUUUUCAAUUUCUCAAAAUCUAUUUGUUGUUUCCCACCUGUGUUUAAUCUGCCGCCAAUUUUACUUUGUUCUGAAUUGUUCUGUAUAAUACCAAUUUAAGUUUCUAACGAGCAAAUUACUUUCGUACUUUUACUAAUCAUUGUUAUUGUCUUCCAUUUCACCUUUGGCUGUUUAAUUGCUCUUAUUUUGUUUUUUUUAUAAAAAAAGAUUUAAAAAAAAGAAUUUGAGAAUUGUUGGGGACGAGCUAGGGCUUUGUUUGUUGGGUAUUUUAUUUUUUUUUGGGUUAAAAAUUCAGAUCACGGAAAAAAGAAAAAAAUUUUUUUUUUCUAUUUUUGUUAUUGGGUUUUGAUUUUGUAAGUGAUAUGGAUAAGAAAAAGUUGACGAUUCCGCUUGUUUGCCACGGCCAUUCCCGUCCUGUUGUGGAUCUGUUUUACAGCCCAAUUACUCCUGAUGGUUUCUUCCUUAUCAGCGCUAGCAAGGAUUCUAGUCCCAUGCUGAGAAAUGGUGAGACUGGAGAUUGGAUUGGAACUUUCGAAGGGCAUAAGGGUGCGGUCUGGAGCUGCUGCUUGGAUACCAAUGCUCUUCGUGCUGCUACUGCUUCUGCAGAUUUCUCUGCGAAAGUAUGGGAUGCCUUAUCAGGGGAUGUACUACAUUCUUUUGAACACAAGCACAUUGUUCGGGCCUGUGCUUUUUCAGAGGAUACACACCUUUUACUUACUGGAGGAAUGGAGAAAGUUAUACGCAUAUAUGAUCUCCAUAGGCCAGAUGCUCCUCCAAGAGAGGUGGAUAAAUCCCCUGGUUCAGUCAGAACUGUUGCUUGGCUCCACAGUGAUCAGACGUUAUUAAGUUCCUGCACAGACAUGGGUGGUGUCAGAUUAUGGGAUGUAAGAAGUGGAAAAAUAGUCCAAACUCUUGAAACCAAGUCGUCUGUGACCAGUGCUGAAGUGAGUCAGGAUGGUCGUUAUAUAACAACUGCCGAUGGGUCUACUGUUAAGUUCUGGGAUGCAAAUUAUUUUGGGUUGGUGAAGAGCCAUGACAUGCCAUCUACAGUAGAAUCAGCUUCAUUGGAACCAAAAUAUGGAAAGAAGUUCAUUGCUGGGGGAGAAGAUAUGUGGAUCCGUGUAUUUGAUUUCCAUACUGGUGAAGAGAUAGCAUGCAAUAAGGGUCACCAUGGUCCUGUUCACUGUGUGCGUUUCUCGCCAGGAGGGGAAUCAUAUGCCUCAGGAUCCGAAGAUGGAACCAUCAGAAUAUGGCAAACUGGUCCUUUGACAAAUGAUGAAACUGACGAACUCGCCGCAAAUGGACCUGUUGGAAAGGUGAAGGUAAAUGCAGAUGAAGUUUCUCAGAAGAUCGAGGGUUUCCACAUUUCUGAUGAGGAGGGCAAGUCUAAAGAGAAGGAAGAGGUGGCGGGAAAUGAGUGAAUAUGAAAGAAAUACUAAGAUAUGAUUGCGUUAUCAUAUAUAUUAGAGACUAGAAUUUUUGUAAAAUGUUAGUCAUGCCUGCAUUGCUUCCAGUGGAUAAGAUGGAUAUGCUCUGCAAAAUCUAAUGGCCUAAAAAAUGAGUGUUGUCUGAUUAUCUUGGUAUGUGUUUUGAGUCCGAGAUGUAGUUAUUCUCCAUCUGAACAGUGUUAUACUAGAAAUAUAAAAGUCAAAAUCUCUUAAAACA